AUGACGAAUGACUAUCCGAUCGUGAGUCGCCCCGCGUCAGAUAUUAUCGGGGAGGUGGGCACCUACCCGAUGUUUAUUCGCACGAUAGCCGCACCAACCCCAGGAGCGGCGAUUGCCCAGCUGGUGGGCACCAUCAAGCACGAGCCCAAUUUCAAUGUGCGGAGGAUGCAGAGAAUCCUCACAUACUAUGGGGAUGUACUCAACUAUCCCUCCCGCGAUAGUUUCGAGCUCUUAGGUUGGGAGCUCUACUAUCUUUUCCGGGAGAAUUUGGUCCUCUCAGGUAGGCCACAGAAUUUUCAGUUGAACGAUUACCGUCGGUUAGUUUACGGCGAUCAGUUGCAACAGCCCGCGACGGCUCUGGUUGAGCGGUGCACGACGGUGCCGGCGACAACCCAGUACCGUGCUGUAACGCAGCAGAACAUUUCCCGGAAGCGGUC